ACUUGAGCUUAUUGAUCAGCCGGCAGCAGUAUUGUUAUAAAUUGUCGAAAUUUGUGCAAUGUUUAUUGUUGUGAAUUGAUAAAUUAACAAUUUUUUAAAAUGGAGUUCGGAAUCAGUAUUAUAUUCCUUAUUUUAUUAUAUGCAUCACCUAGCGCAGCGGUAAAAGAGUCUAGUGAAUUUAACGAGGAGCUAUACGUACGACCUAUUGCAAAUGGGCUAGUCAAUACAUUUUUUCAAUUUACCACUCGUUGGCAUUAUGGCGAUAGAGAGAAUUUACAUAACACACAGCUUAUACCUCGACCCAUUGCGGAAACAUUACUACUGUACGAUGUUAAGGAAUUACAUAUCGGAUUAACUCAGGGACUUUGGCGAUAUGAAACUUACGGCUAUCCAGUAAUGGACAAUGCGCCAGGCGCAGAAGUGAGGGCAUGGUUUGCAGGAGAAAAUUUAACUUCUAUUGAUGUUGAUGAUCAGUGGGUAAAGCUAGCUAGUACAUUCUCCGGAAUUCUGUGUGCCUCCUUGAACUUUAUUGACAAAACAAAUAGUGUUGAACCGAAAUAUAGUUUUCGGCCACAGUUUGUCACUGGCAGCAAGGCGAAUAUUCCACAAUUUGUGCGGUAUGCGAGCUUGCCACGGGAAAUCGUUUGCACAGAGAAUCUAACACCAUGGAAAAAGUUGUUGCCCUGUAAUAGUAAACAAGGAUUCGCUUCCUUACUCAACUCGGGCCACGUACACAAUACUAAUUAUCACUCUCUGGGCAUGAAAAUGCGUACAAUAUGUGAGUCUUACAACAAAAAUUGCAUUUUGGAAUUCACCGAAACAGCAAAUAUGGUAUAUGACCCAAAGUUAUUGGGUACAAAUGGAGAUUUUUCACUCCGUCGUCUCUUUGGUCAGGGACUAAAUGGCCAUUGUGCAUUAGCGAAAAGUAGUAAAAUUUACGUUAAUUUGGAUGAUCAACCAUAUGAUUUAACACCAACACCCAUGUAUAAUAUUACUUCAAAGCGUGGUGGCAGCACAACCACGUUAGGUGUAUAUGACAUUCAACGAUUAGAUGAAGACAAAUUCUUCAAUAUCGCUUGGAUAAAUAAGAAAACGAAAACAAAUGUACAAAUUACACCAACACCACCUUUAUAUGCGCAUCGUUACAUAUUGGGACAUGGUCAGGAGAGAGGUCAAAUUCUUACACAAAUUACAAAUAAACAUUAUGCUGCUUUACCUAUUGUGUUACAAGAAAAUAUACCAUGGUUCGUGCCAUCCUAUAUGCAUACACUGAAGUUAAUUGUACAGCCGGAGAACGGUGCAGAAUACACGAUAAAACCACGGGUCAUGCACUACAUACCAGGCGUACAAAGAUUACGUCCCUAUCAUUUAGAAUUACUCUUCGAAAUACCCGCUUUGAGUACAGUACAAAUUUCAUUCGAUUUUGAUUAUAUUUUCUUAAAAUGGCUUGAAUAUCCACCCGAUGCAAACCAUGGCCAUUACUUGGGAUCUGCUAUAAUCACUACACAAUUACCAAUGGGACGCAAUUACACAGCGAUACCAGUUGAUAAACACCUUUUCGCGGAUUCAUUCAAUGCAUCACGCUCUUCAUAUUUUCUAGAAAUCCGUACAGAAUCGCUUAUUUUAUCGUUGCCAACUCCUGACUUUAGCAUGCCGUACAAUGUUAUUUGUCUCGCUUGUACAGUCGUAGCUUUGGCCUUUGGACCCAUACACAGUGUAGCUACCAAACGGAUAGUUGUGGAGCAAAAAGACGCGCAACCGCAAUCACUGAAAGGUAAAGUGAUGCAGAAAUUGUUUCGUCGAAAACAAAAUAAAACCGAUACCAACACAAACAAAGCAGAAGCUCACACUGAGACGGUAUUUGGACAUUCCCUUGCUGACGUCAAACAAUAAGAAUUUUAGCAAAUUAAAAAAUACUUUGAUUUAUAAAUUUUUUUGUAAUAAAAUGAUAACUUAUAAAUAUUAA